AUGGGAGCCAGCGUGACGCCAGAGGAGUGGGGUCAGUGGACACUCAAGGAGCCACUGAUGCUAUCACACUACUGUGUGUAGGUUACAAUCACUGUAUGUACAUGUAGAUCCAUAUAUAUAAUAUAUAUAUAUAUAUAUAUAUACACACACACACCUGGAUCUGGUCUAGACCUGAGCCUGUAUAAAUCUUAGGGGUGGGGAGAGAAGGGGGCAGGGUUGGGAGCGCUCUUAGCACACCAUAUAUAUCCCAUAUCUGACCAGUAGAGGAUGCUCCAGUUCUGCUUUAUAGGAUCAGACUUUAAGGCAGGGCUCUCCAACCCUGUUCCUGGAGAGCUACCCUCCUGUAGGUUUUCACUCCAACCCAAGUUGUAUCUAACCUGAUUAAUCUUAUCAACUAGCUAAUUAUUAGAAUCAGGUGUACUAGAUUAGGGUUGGUGUGAAAACCUACAAGGACGGUAGCUCUCCAGGAACAGGGUUGGAGAGACCUGCUUUAAGGAUUGAGCCUCCCCUGUGAAGUUGGCCCAGCCAGAGCCAGCACUGGUGAUACUAGUGGUUUAUUUCCCCAACUCGUAGUAGGCUUUUCCCACUGGGGACUCCAUGACCUUUUAGUAACCAUUGGGAUUCAAUAAACUCAUAGUAAGCUAUCCAUCCACUGGGAAGGACUCCAUACUAAUAACUCAGUUCAUCCAGAUGGGCUUUAGUUUUUCUGUCAUUCCAAGAGAAAUGGUUUGGGUUGUUAACUGACGGAGAAAGAUGUGUAGGUAGAUGACCAGCGAUGCUCUGUCUGGCACAUUGAAGAGAUGGUGACGGUUGAUUGAUGAGUGACUAUGGCUGUGUUUAAACAGGCAGCCCAAUUCUGAUAUUUUUUUCACUAAUUGGUCUUUUGACCAAUCAGAUCAGCUCUGAAAAAGCUCUAAUAAUUUCAAGUGUCAUUUUCCCCGAAAUUUCCUCUUGAAUCACUGAGAUUAGGAUCUGAAUUGAUCUAUUUCAUAAAUAUUAUUUAUUUUAUUUAUCAGAUAUUAUGCAUUUUACCAACAUUUUCACAAAACUCUCAUUAUGUAACAGUUUUCGAAGCCCAAAAAAGUUAUAAACAAAUCAAUAUUUAUAAUAUUUGUUAAUAUUGCUCCCCUAAUGAAAAGGCCUGAGUUAAACAUAACACUGAAAAUUAAAAUAUUUCAAACUAAAUUAUACAAUUAUUAUAAAAUUAAAUCAGACAUCCCAAUUUGAGCUCUUUAGCCGAUUCAGUAAUUACGAUAAUAAGACACGUCCUCAGACAAUUUUGUAUGUAAUAAAUAUUAUAGUUUAAUGUAAACUUCAACUAGUAUACAAUUUUUAUGAUUUAUGGACAGCAACAUAUUUUGUUUUAUUCAAAUAAGUUUGGUUUUCUAAAUAAUACAUUUCAUAAUGACCCGAGAAUUUCAUCGGGACGCAUUUCGGUAAUGAGAAUUUGGAGUGAAAAUGUACAAAAUUCAGGUGAAAAUGUAACAUUUAUUUAAAAUAAGAAACUUUCCCAAAAACUAGACAUCUUAGUCCUCAGAAUGAUAGUUGCUUUUUGCAGAUGCAUCAUGGUUUUGUAACUCAAUUUGCUACAGACAUUUAAAAAAUGGUUUCAUGAAAAUCAUGAUGUGAAAAGAUGCGAUUGGUCAAAAGACCAACUAGUGAAGAAAAAACAAACAGAAUUUGUCUGCCUGUAUAAACGCAGCCAUAGUGACAGACCAAAUGUACAAUGUCUUGUUCAGUCAGAAAGCCAUGGCACAAGAGAAAAGGAUCAGACCAAUUUUUAUUUUUAUAACUGAAAAGCUUGUUCAACAAAGUCUCGGACUGAUGUACAUAUUAACCAUCAUACAGAUGGUAUAAACGAUAGAUAUUUACAUUUUAGUCAUUUAGCAGACGCUCUUAUCCAGAGCGACUUACAGUUAGUGAGUGCAUACAUUUUUCAUACUGGCCCCCUGUGGGAUAUAUUGGCAGAUGUAUAGGUGAUGUAUAGUUUUUGUUUGAAUCUCCCUGAAAAGUAGAGAUAUUAUAUAGCCUACUGUUGGUUACAUAAUUUCCAAUAUCUCUAAAUAGAGAGAUAUUUCGUUUUUCUCUAUUUGUUCAAUGCACCGAAGAAUCUGUUAUGUUCAGACUCUCACUCAUAUGACUGUGUCAAAACCAGAUGGUGAAAUGAAGUAGAGUUUUCUUUCUUUCUUUAAAACAUCUGUGACAGAGCAGAAGGGAAAUGAAGUGAUUUUCCGUUACAAGACUGAUUUUCCUUAUUUGUCGUCUACAUUCAGAUAUAAAAGAGCUAACCUAAAGCACCUCCAUAGGAUAAGGAGAAGAGUAGAUCAGUAAGGUUUUCUUUUGAAAAUAAUGUAUCCCAUACAUCCAUCCUGAAGAAAUCAACUGUUACCCCAAUAAUAAACAACCCAAAAGGAAAAUGUGUUCUUGUAUUUGUAUUUUAUUCUGUUGUGAAAUGUAUAUUUCCCCAACUAUUUCAGCUAGAAUCGAGUUAAUCAAACCCUCAACAUUUGUCAGGAGAGCUGUGAAUGAACUAUUCUGUUUAUGGUUAUUCCAUCUGAACUAGUUAUAGCCCUGCCUCCCCCUGUCAAACCCAGGCCUUAUUAUGCAGCAUUGCUUGUCACAGGGUUUACACACACAGACACACACCUCAUUAAUUAUGCUGGUGUUAUGAUACUGAUGGUUUCUCAGAACUGAUGGCUUCUACGAUUGUGGCUAGAUGGAGUUCAGCUAUGGACAGAAGUGACUUUACAUAGGUUAGGAGAAUUGGGUUAUGUCACUUCUGUCCAUAGCGGAACUCCAUCUAGCCACAAUCGUAGAAGCCAUCAGUUCCUGAGAAACCAUCAGUAGGCUGUCACCACCAGGGGUUAAAUUGGUACGGGUCUCCCCAGGACCUGUGAUCCAAAUGAGAGCCAGGCUGAGCUGAGAUGCGGUACCUUUGGUUAUGGGGAAUUUGUUAUUAUCUAAUGAAAAUGUUGUGUCCACAUUUAAUUUUCCUCAGCCAACAACACAGGUAAACAACAGCAAAAUCAGACAACCCCAUAUUAGAAUAGUUUACCUAUUCAAUUGGUCAGCUUUUCGCAUUCUAUGCGAAAAAGUAAUAUUCCUCUCGAGGCACUUUCAAAUUGCAGGUGCACAACAGGGAGAGAAACAUGCAUGCCCAGUCAUUGUAGCCUACAACAUUCUUAAUUCAGUCGCGGGAAAACACUCCUUUGAAAGCAGUUUUGAUGGCCACUCUUAAAAGACGAAGAUCACACAGCUUUCUAGUGUUACACUUAUUUCUCAAAUCCCCCAAAAUGGUGAACUGCACCAUUUAAGACGUUUUUAGCAGUGGCAUGGUUUAUGGGUCCAUGCAAUCUGGGAUCCUUGGGAUGUUCCUACCCAUUGAACUUGACAUUUUAAAUGGUUAAGAUAUGGGUUAAGGUUAGGGUUAUCGUUAGUUACGGUUAGAUUAGGGUUUAGGGUAGGGACAUCCCAAGGAUCCCGUAUAGCACUAACCAUGGAUGCAUAGGGGAGACCAGACUCUGUCGCAGCCGGCCGCAACCGGGAGACUCAUGGGCGGCGCACAAUUGGUCCAGCGUCGUCCAAGGUAGGGGAGGGUUUGGCCGGCAGGGAUGUGGGUUCGUUUCCCACGGGGGGCCAGUAUGAAAAAAAACACACACACAAAAAACGUAUGCAUUCACUAACUGUAAAUCGCUCUGGAUAAGAGCGUCUGCUAAAUGACUAAAAUGUAAAAUGAGACCGGGGCUAAAUGUAACACGAGUCAGAUGCAACAGGCCUACAUUAUAUUCACAGUACAUGAUCCUUGUCUGAGUGCCAGUGGAACGUUUUUUGGGGACAUUCAAGUCAUCAAUAUGUUGCUAGGAACAAGAUAGCCUAAUGUUUAGAGUUUGUGAUCUAGCUGAUGGGGUAAAUGCAGAUGUGCAAUCCUCAGACUAUUUAUUUAUAGCCACUAUGCUGCAUCAGUUGGGCUACAGCAGGUGAUAAUGCUUAUUGCUGAAUAGCACACCUGCCUGAUAAUAUGGACCAAUCUGUUACUGGACUAAUUUCUGGUGGGGGAAAUUAUUUUAUUUUCAUUCCUUUUAGAGUAGAAUGUCCUUUAAAAAGUCACCAGAAAUUACCUUUUCACAUUCAUUCUCCCCCCCAAAAGUUUAGGUCUCUCCAUGACCUGUAGACCUAGUAUGCUGUGAUACAGUAUGUCCUUUUGUCAGUAUACAAUCACUGGCCAGUUUAAUAGGUACACCCAUCUAGUACCGGGUCGGAUCCCCCUUUGCCUCCAGAACAUCUUCUUCGGGGAAUUGAUUCUACAAGUAGGAAAAGUUCCACAGGGAUGUUGGUCCAUGCUGACACGAUGACAUCAUGCAGAUGCUGCAGAUUGGAUGGCGGUACACCACCGCCACCAGCCUGUACCUUUGACACCAGGCAGGAUGGGUCCAUGGACUCAAAUCCUAACUCUGCCAUCAGCAUGAUGCAACAGGAACCGGGAUUUGUCGGACCAGGUGAUGAGGAGUGGAACCCGUUGUGGUCGUCUGCUGCAAUAGCCCAUCUGUAACAAGGAUAGGUGAGUUGUGUGUUCCGAGACACCGUUCUGCACACCACUGUUGUACUGCGCCAUUAUUUGUCUGUUUGUAGCUUGCCUGUUAGCUUGCACGAUUCUUGCCAUGAUCCUUUGACCUCUCAUCAACAAGCUGUUUUCGCCCACAGGACUGUCGCUGACUGGAUGUUUUUUGUUUAUCACACCAUUCUUGGGAAACCCUAGACACUGUCGUGCGUGAAAAGCCCAGGAGGGUGGCUGUUUCUGAGACACUGGAUCCGGCGUGCCUGGCACCGAUGAUCAUACCAUGCUCAAAGUCGCUUAGGUCACUCGUUUUGCCCAUUCUAAGGUUCAAUCGAACAGUAACUGAAUGCUUUGAUGCCUGUCUGCCUGCUUUAUAUAGCAGGCCACGGCCAUGUGACUCACUGUCAGUAGGAGCGAUCAAUUUUCGUGAAAGGGGUGAUGUACCUAAUAAACUGGCUGGUGAGUGUAUAUUGUUUAGGCUAGUAUAUUACAUCACUUGUCUAAACAGAAUAUGGCUAACCUGAUUUGGGAGAUCUUUCACGUAACUUUUUGGGGGUUUGAGCUGGUUCAGAACUUUAUUUUCUGGUCAGAACACCGGAAAUAAAAACCCUAAAUCCCUAAAAACACGCCACUUCGAUACAGCUACUACUGGAAGUGACUUUUUCCUAGCAGGUUAGGAGAACUAAUGUAGCAGGUUAGGAGAACUAAUGUAGCAGGUUAGGAGAACUAAUGUAGCAGGUUAGGAUAACUAAUGUAGCAGGUUAGGAUAACUAAUGUAGCAGGUUAGGAGAACUAAUGUAGCAGGUUAGGAUAACUAAUGUAGCAGGUUAGGAAAACGAAUGUAGCAGGUUAGGAUAACUAAUGUAGCAGGUUAGGAGAACUAAUGUAGCAGGUUAGGACAACUUACUCAUCACGUUAGGAUAAUUAAUGUAGCAGGUUAGGAGAACUUACUCAGCACGUUAGGAUAAUUAAUGUAGCAGGUUAGGAGAACUUACACAGCACGUUAGGAUAAUUAAUGUAGCAGGUUAGGAGAACUUACGCAGCACGUUAGGAUAAUUAAUGUAGCAGUUUAGAAGAACUUACGCAGCAGGUUAGGAUAAUUAAUGUAGCAGGUUAGGAGAACUUACUCAGCACGUUAGGAUAAUUAAUGUAGCGGGUUAGGAGACUAAGGUUAAGGUUAGGAAAAGGGUUAGGGUUAGCAAAAAUGCUCUCCUAACCUUCUACAAAAAGUAACUUUCACUCGUAGCUGUAUCGAAGUGGACUGCUUUUAGGGAGUCCCGCUCGGAAAGGAACGAUUGGAAAAUAAUUUUGGUUCCAAUCCCUGCUUUAGAAUGCAAUACAAAUAGCACACAAGCAGUUUUACUAUGACUUCUGCAGUGCAUGGCCGGAUUAAUCAAGUCUUGAGCCCUGGGGGGAAAAUAUUUUAAAGGCCUCCCCACUUGGCAUCAUAGAGACAUUUUUGCAGUUUUAAAGCUAAUUUCAUGCAAUUCUACACGUUAUGACUUGGGCCAAAAAUAACAUUUGCCAGUUUUAAAACUAAUUUUUCGCAAUUCUACACAUCUUUACAUGGGGCAGAGAGAAUACAGUGCAGUGCAUUUAUGUUCAAAACAACAUUCUUAGGUAAUACAAGAAUUGAGUUGAUCAUUGGUGUCAGAGGAGGCUGGUGGGAGGAGCUAUAGGAGGACGUGCUCAUUGUAAUGGCUGGAAUGGAAUUAAUGGAACAGAGUCAAACAUGUGGUUUCCAUAUGUUUGAUGUGUUUGAUACAGUUCCAUUUAUUCUAUUGCAGCCAUUACAAUGAGCACGUCCUCCUAUAGCUCCUCCCAACAGCCUCUUCUUUAAUGUGGCUACCAAUAUCUGUGUAAACCAGGCCCAUGCUGUGCAUCUAAGGGUAAAGAUUGAAUUUGGAUGAAUAAUAUUACAUUGUGUUAUGUUGCACCCUCUAAACUUUUCCCACUGAUCCCUUGCCCAAAAUUCGUUCAAUCUAGCCAUAUUCAUAAAAAACUGAAAUGUGAAUGUUUUAUACACACCGAGUGUACAGAACAUUAGGAACAACUGCUCUUUCCAAGACGUGGACUGACAAGGUGAAAGCUAUGAUCCCUUAUUGAUGUCACUUUUUAACCUGUCGCCUCCCCUUCAUCUACAGUGAUUUAAGGGUAUUUGAAGAAGGAUUUUUAAGGCUUUUAUUUAGCCUUUUAGUUUAUUAGGUACACCACCCCGUUGACGAAAAUGGUUCGCUCGUUCGGACAGUGAGUCACGUGGCCGUGGCUUGCUAUACAAAGAAGGCAAGAAAGGCGGUGUAUAUAUACAGUAUUUUGCUAUCAGGUCGCGGACCCCUUGCAGUACCUACGCUGACCCCCAGGCGUCCGCGGACCCUAUUUAAGAACCACUGGGCUAGUCUACUGUGGAUCUUGAGGCUCGGAUUUAAGUAGGCCUAAUUUUGGUGUAUUUGAAGUGUUUUUGCGGAUUGAUAGUCUAUCACUGAAAAAUUAUACUUUGGUUGAUUCAACCUAUGGGCUUUAAAAAAAAAAUUCUGAAGAGCUAUAAUCAAUAGUUUCGCUAAUGGCGUAGGUCUACUGUGAUCUUGACGCUCUCGUUUAAAGUUAGCUUAAUUUUGUGUUUUAAGUUUUAUCGAUUAUGUACUGAAAGCCUUUUCUUGGUGAUUCAACUAUGCGUAUUUUGUUUGUCUCCUCUAUUAUUUUGUUUUAUUAUUCCAAAAUAUAUCAUGUUCCAAGAAUUAGCAUGACCAAUUUUGUUAAUUGACACAUUAAGCCCUAUAAUAGUUAAUAUAGUUUCUAUUUGCAUUACUCAUCCUAAAGUCAUGUAUAUUAAUUUUAUUGUAUCUAGUCAUCAUGACCGGAGUUCUCUGAGCAAUCAGCUCCUACAUUUCAUCCUACCCGUCCAUAUUCAUUUCUUGUAUACCAAUUUAGCAUGGCCUAUUGGCAAUAUUUGUGAAUUAUCUUGAUCAUUGCACUAUAAUGUUAUAUUUACAUAUAUUUACAUACCGCCAUGUCACCAUUUCAUAUGUAGAGCAUGUGUUUGCAUGAUUUAGGUCCAUCCUUACUUAGAUUGGUGUUGGGUAUAUGUAAUGAGAACAUUGUAUGCACUCCUACUGUAAGGCGUUGACGCCAGGUUGGGGUUCAUUCCACGGGGCUAAAAUGAUGCCUCAAAUGUAGUCCUUGCAAAUUAAAUAACUUGUUAGAUAUUACUGCACUGUCGGAGCUAGAAGCACAAGCAUUGCGCUACACCCGCAAUAACGUCUGCUAAACACAUGUAUCUGACCAAUACAAUUAGAUUAGAAAUAGCCUAUUUACACAUGUAUAUUGGUGUGAGCGUCAGAGAGGAAUCAAUGCCUGCGUUUUUUGUUGGCUAUUAUGCAGAUAGCAGAUGUAGGCCUAUUGAUGUCGUCAGAUGUCUUGUUUUAAGACAUUGAUAUCAAUCAUAACGGAUUAAUUUAAUGGGACUCUGUCUGGGCAGAUGCAUCAGAAUGUGACUGCUUAAAUGUUGCAUUCCAAACAGUUUUUGUGUAAUUUAUGCUACAGAUAAAUGGUGUCGAUGCUGAAAAAGGGAGAAGGGGAUAUGCGGAGAGAGAGUAAGAGAGAAAGAGAGAGAGAGAGUUGGGAGACCAAUCGCUGCCGGUGGGUGUUUUUGUGUGAUUCAUUUGGCGGAGACGCGCGCUCGCUGCUUGGCUGGAUGGCUGCAUGCGCUGUCCCUUUCAGCACCGAAAACCCGAGGCGCGUGCAUCUGUGAGUGGGCUGCGAAGGCGCGAGGAACCCUCAAUCAAGUCACGGAAAAGCAGGUAGCAUUUUUGAAAAUUACAUAUUUCGUUUAAUAGUUUUCGUAUGUUUGAGAUGGUCCCAUCAAACAUAAUUCUUCCAUAUUCCCCCUCUCUCUCCCUCUAUCUGAAGAAUCCAUCGCUCUUCAUCCAUCUGCCUUUUUUCUCCCUCAUUGUUAAAUUAAUUACCCUCGAUGGUUCUGCAAAUUAGCCUUUAAAUAACUAUUUAUCCUUUCAUUAUUGACAUGCAUAGUUGAUGUUGACAGUCCACUGUAUCGUUAAUCAGAAUCGUGACCUGUAGCUAAAUGAGAGGGUUCAGGUUUGGGAAAGGAAACUGCUGAGCUCCGCAAUGAAGUUCCGAUAUUGACCCAAAGGAAUGCGCUCUCUGCUCUGUUCCGCGCGCCAGGGAACGGCAUCCCCUCUGAUGGCAUUUAGGAAUGAUCCAUAAAUCUGAUCUUAUCCGUAGCCCAAAUGUCGAAUUUUGUGAUAUGAUUAAUUAUAAUUAAUAUGGGAAAAUUCGAUGAAAAUAAUUGGGAUGUCAAUAGUGUGAUUUUCAGAGCUCACUGAAAAGGGACGCAUUAUUUCACACACAUAACGCUGUCUCAAUCUAUAGACGCAAAAUGUUAUAUUGAACUUGAAUGAAAAACAUUAUGGCUUGAUAAUGUUUUUAUCUAAUUAUAUGUAGACUACCUUGAAGAUAUCAUUAGGUCGUUAUUUCUCUUUGGAGCACAAACAAGGUUUGUAUAGCGCAGCUGCCUGCUUCAUGUCACUGCUUUAAUCAGUCGUGCGUAUCAGAGGGUGGUGGUGGUGGUGUAUCCCGCAUUAAUCCCUAUCUAUCCCCGCAACAAACCCACACAAUCAUACUAACACACCACUUCCACCAGGUAUUCUGUAACGGGUCAAGGGAAUUGGAGGAUCACAAGUCAAUUUAGGGGGGAACCGUUGGAGGGAUUUGGGAUGUGUUUGAUUCGUUCCCGUUGGUUGGUGUCUUUACCUGCCUGUGAUCUGAAAGCACAAAAACUAUGUCAUAUUCAACGGGUGCGGUGAGAGGGGGGAAACGAAGGAGGAGGAGGGAGAGGAACGGGCGGGGAGAGGGGGGAGAGAAACGAGCAGAGGGAGUGAGAGAAAAUAGCAGAGGAAGAAAGAGGCGAAAAAGAGAGAAAAGCUAUCACUUUGUGAAAAGAGCACUGCGCUCCCCAGAGAGGAUGGUGCAGCAUGACACCUAGCGAUUGGUGUAAAUUAAAAAGUGAAAUGACCCAGCCGCUGCCUUGCAGGGUAAUACUCCCUUCAUCUUACUGCCAACAAAAACGAUCACACUGCUGGAAUUUCUCUCUUAUUAGUGACUCAAACGUUCCAACCCGAGCAGGAUCGAAAGUGAUAACGUUUUAUUGCAGAAGUUAAAUACUAUUGUGUAAAAGAAAACAAUAUGUUAAAAGAUCCAUUCUUACACUGUAAACCCCAAGGCAUUUUUAACUCAAAUACUUCUAGUAAGUUGAACUCAAAGUCAAUGAAAAGUCAUAUUACUUAAAAUGUUUAUGUGGUACUGACUCAAAACUAAAUGAGAAGUUACAUCAACUCUAUUUUUAAAAGGUAUUAUAACAAAAACAACAAAUUAACUUUUUCCCAACAUGCUCUACUGCAGGUAGAUUUUUUGGAAUUGUUUUUAAUAUCUGUGUUUUUGCAUGUACAUUGAGGGAUUGAUUGACAAAUCUUAUGCUACACAAAGAUAAAUAACAUAUUUUUUUCUAAACUAAUCUAAUCAUUUAGUUUGAUUUUUUGCACCCCUUACUGAAAUGGUUGUUCCAGUUUAAAUGGCUUAGGUAGUCUCCACAUACUUUUCCUAACCCUUGCAGUCAUUGUGAAUGCAGGUUGUUGGUGAAUAAGAAUUCCAACUGUUGGAUAUCCUAUCUCUGGCUGGAUUCCAAUAGGAAUUACACAUCACUUUGCAAGCCAGCAUAAUGUGACUUACAGUUAGGGUUGCAAAGUUCUUGUAAAAAUCCCAGUUUUUCCAGAAAUUGCAGUUGGAAGAUUCCUGGAAAUCCUUCAACCAGGAUUUUUUGAAAAUCUGGAAAAGUUACUGGAAUUUAGUUUGACCUCAAAAUAAGGCCUUAUGUAAUGUAUAGUCAUAAAAAGUUUAAUUAUAAUUAUAAUAUUCACCUAGGAAUUCACUUGGUGAAGGCCACAGGACUGAAAAUGAAUUAAUUCAACAACCAUGUCUCUGUCACUAACAAUACAGUCAUGGGUGGUAACUCUACAAUUCACUCGAAAGGCAAGGAACACUGGGAAAUUAUAUUGGAUGCGUGACUUAGUGGGUGCAUUACUCAAAAUGUUAAAGCUGAUACAACUCAAAUCUGGAACCCCUACAGGCUCACAGUGACUAUCGUUUUGAGUUAAGACUACAAAAUCACAUUAAGUAACUGUACUCAAAUAUAUUAAGCGCAACAGAUUUCCUCAAAAGUUUUGAGUAAUGACAGCAAAUUGGGGUUUAGAGUAUACGCAUGAAUACAUCCUGAAUAGCCAAUUAGGAAUAUAACCUAACCAUAAAGGUGCACUGUUACCCAAUUGCAUUAGAACAUUUUUUAAAUUGUUAAAGUGCUAUAGUAACAUUAUCCUUUCAAGGUAAAUUAUUCAUAUAUUUCUUUAGAGUAUAGUUACACUAUACACUAAGUGUACAAAACAUUAUGAACACCUGCUCUUUCCAUGACAGACUGACCAAGUGAAUCGAGGUGAAAGCUAUGAUCCCUUACUGAUGUCACUUGUUAAAUCCACUUCAAUCAGUGUAAAUGAAGUGGAGGAGACAGGUUAAAGAAGGAUUUUUAAGCCUUGAGAAAAUUGAGACAUGGAAUGUGUAUGUGUGUCAUUAGAGGGGGAAUGGGCAAGACAAAACAUUUAAAUGCCUUUGAACGGGGUAUGGUAGUAGGUGCCAGGCGCACCGGUUUGUGUUAAGAGCCGCAAUGCCUUAGGAAUGGUCCACCACCCAAAGGACAUCCAGCCAACUUGACAACUGUGGGAAGCAUUGGAGUCAACAUGGGCUAGCAUCCCUGUGGAACGCUUUCGACAUCUUGUAAAGUCUAUGCCCUGUUGAAUUGAGGCUGUUCUGAGGGCUAAAAGGGGGGGUGGGGGUGCAACUCAAUAUUAGGAAGGUGUUCUUGAUGUUUUGUACACUCAAUAUAUGUGAAAGUGCUGGAUGUGUGGAAAGGUGAGCGUCUUUCAAAUAUGGGUACAUGGAGGGGGAGGGAGAAAUAUUGCCACGAUGUCAGAAUAUACAUUAGGCUAUUUGUAUGCAACGAUACAGAAGUCCCCUAGCAUCUCAGCAUCCCAGAAAUGCUCAGCCGGUUCAGCCCACACAAGCAUACUGUGCAGCAUCUGUGCCUUUUGGAAAGCACACAGACGCACGCAAAAGUGGUUAUGGCGUGCAGCGGGAAGUUUAGACUUAUUUAGCCAAUACUGCCGUAUGUACAGUAUAGCUAUAAUGUUAAUGAAUUUCAUUGAUUUUUUCACAUUAUAAUGUUAUUAAUAUGCUCUUCUAUCUAACUCAGAAGAAUAUCCACACAUUUUACUAUUUUGGUGAAGUGGGUGUGGUCAAUCCAUAACAGAUCAAAUACACUAUUAGGAAGGCCCUCUUCAUCUGUCUCAAUGAUCGUCUUUUCUUCAUGCCUUUGUUUUGUCUGAGGAAUAUUGAGUGGUGAUAUGAUAUUAAUUAUAAAAGCUAUUUAGUGGGCUACAGAUAAUCUAGGCCGCCAAUGGAUAUUAUAUUUUGAGGUAAAGAGGGCACCCAGUAGCCUAAUCUGAUUGGCCAGCAAUGACAUCACUUAAAUUCGUGAAGGACAUUCAAAGCGGAACGAGACCAGUAAGAAAACGAUGAAAGUUAAACCAAACCUGCUCCACGAAAGCCUCUUCUCACUGACUCACAUACUAGGAUGGCUUGCUACAUUAUUACUGUACUGUUUCUGAUAAUAACUAUUAGGUAGCGGAGGUGACACCUUCCAGGUGUUGAUUCCCAUGCAGCUGUCAGUCAAACAGGUGUAGAACCAGUAGAAGUUCAUACUGAAUGAUUACACACUGAAUAAUGCAUUCUGGAGCAUUGUUGAUGUGUUUGACAGGUUUGGCACUGGCGGGUAGGAUGGUCUUGUCAGUGGGAUAGGAUUGGCGGUUGUGUGUGGGGGUGUGUGUGUGUGUGAGGGGGGAGGGGGCUGUACUGUGUGUGUUGCAAAUGCUAAUCUGUCUCUUGCUCUUGAAUCUGGAAGACAGGCAUUGCAGCAUGAACAGUGAUUUAUGUGUGUGUGUGAGGGAGGGAGGGAGGGAGGGAGGGAGGGAGGGAGAGACUGUGUGUGCUACCCAGUAGAUGGCUGACUGAGGCACUGACUGCUUCGUGUUCUCUGUGUGUGUAUCUUGCAGGGUCUCCUGAAGAUGUGAGUUCAGGAUUACCAUCGCUGCAGCGGCACUCGCCUCCUCUACGAGUCUCUCUCUCUCUGUCUCUCCUCUCUCUCUCCUCUACUGGGACAUGCAUGCCUCAUGGGGCUGGGACAUCUUAGAGCGGCCUGCUAACUCCUCCCCCAACUCCUUCCCCGGGGGACUGACCCCCUUUCACCCAUGAUCCCGCCUACAAUCUCCAAGGUAUCUCCUCAGUAACUCCUCCCACAAUCGCCACCGCCACCCAACUGUUACCAUGGCGUUGUCAGAACCCCAAUGCCCUCCUUUUCUCCUCGCCGCACGCCAUUUCCUUUUCCACUUCCUUGCCACAUGUUCCUGGCUCCUACCCCUGGCCUCCCCUCAGCGAAUCACGGACCCCGCCAUCGGCACUGCGCCCAAUCAGGAGUACGCCCACUCCAUCCGAUUGGAAGGCGACAUCAUACUGGGCGGCCUGUUCCCGGUGCACUCCCGGGGGGGCGGCGGCGUGCCCUGCGGGGAACUAAAGAAGGAGAAAGGGAUCCAUCGUCUUGAGGCCAUGAUGUUCGCCAUCGACCUGAUCAACAAGGACACAGAGCUGCUCCCCAACAUCACCCUGGGUGCCCGGAUCCUAGACACCUGCUCCAGAGACACCUACGCCCUGGAGCAGUCGCUGACCUUUGUCCAGGCCCUCAUCGAAAAGGACGGCUCAGACGUACGCUGUGCUAACGGCGACCCGCCCAUCUUCGCCAAGCCUGAUAAGAUCGUGGGGGUGAUCGGGGCAGCGGCCAGCUCCGUGUCCAUCAUGGUUGCCAAUAUACUGAGGCUGUUCAAGGUAAGGACACUGGAACGGGUCUGGGUUGGGUUUGGGUGGGUCUGGUUUAUUUUGACUUGAGUUUGGUUGGGUCUUGGUUAGACAGGCUGGGUCUGGGUUAAGAACCCUGCUGGUUUCAGUGUGGGUGAUGUCAUGGUUUGUGUUUACCUUGAUGUUAGAGUCAUGGAUCUUUGUGUUGUGUUUGUGUUGAUACUAUGGCACUGUGUGUGUAGGUGUUGAACACCAGCCACUGUGUGUUGGGUGUAGUGGGUCUCUUUACAGUAAAUUGAGUAUAUUGCUGGCUGCCAGGGCCUGGGCUUCAUCAUGUCUAUCUCCCAUCCUCCUCCUCCUCCUCCUCCUCCUCAGAGGGAUGCUUAUUCUUCCAGCAGGAUAUUACCCUGGCCUGUGCUAAACCCUGUGUGUGUGUGUGUGUGUGUGUGUGUGUGUGUGUGUGUGUCUGUGUCAGUCAGUCAGUCAGUCAGAGCAAUUAUUGUGUUCUAGAAGCAGCCUUGCUUCUGACAUUGGUUCUCUGGUAUUACAUACAGAGACGCUACUUCAGCCAGACGUGCUUGCUCGCUACUGCAGGCAGAUAAAGUUCAAUUGUGACAACCAAUUAAAAUGCAGUCAAUCUUAUUAAAGAAUACUCCACUUCACUCUGCCCCUAGCCCCGGAGACUUUGUGUGUGUGUGUGUGUGUGUAUUGGGCUUUGGGCAUGGGAGUCUGCUGUUAAAAUUAGAUCUACGCUACUGGUCUAGACUGGUCUUUCUAGAACAUGGAGAAACAAUGAAAUCAAUUACUGUCUAGGGUACAAAAGCCAAUUAAUGGUAGAGUGGAUGUAAUGGAGGAGUGUAUAAGAGUGUGUGUGUUGCCGCCGUCAUUAGUCAAACAAGGUUGAUUGAUGCGAGCACAAUGUGGAAAUAUGUAUCUCCUAAUGAGCCAUGUGACAUUCUCAACCAUACACCUUUGUUCUCUCUCUCUCUCUCUCUCUCUCUCUCUCUCCUCUCUCUCUCUCUCCUCUCUCUCUCUCUCUCUCUCUCUCUCUCUCUCUCUCUCUCUCUCUCUCUCUCUCUCUCUCUCUCUCUCUCUCUCUCUCUCUCUCUAUUUAUCAUUUUUCUCCCAUAUCACUGCCCUGGCUCUGUGUGAGCGGCGGUGCUGUAUUCUUAACCUAUGGAUAAUAAUACAAAACAUGAUUUAGGGAGAAAUCUGUCAUUGAAACAGCACACACAGGGCCUUGAUUUUAGGUCGCAGCGCCUCACUCUCAUUUUUCUGAUAGGAUUUAGAGCAGGUGAUUGGUAGGUGUGUGUGUGUUUGCAUUGUAGCAUAUCUGUGUGUGUUUUCCCUCCCACAGGGAUGCUGGCCCAUGUUGACUCCAAUGCUUCCCACAGUUGUGUCAAGUUGGCUGGAUGUCCUUUGGGUGGUGGACCAUUCUUGAUACACACGGGAAACUGUUGAGCGUGAAAAACCCAGCAGCAUUGCAGUUCUUGACACAAACCGCUGCGCCUGGCACCUACUACCAUAUCCAGUUCAAAGGCACUUAGAUCUUUUGUCUUGCCCAUUCUCCCUCUGAAUGGCACACAUACACAAUCCAUCAUCGAUUCUGGUUAAAGUGGAUCUUUCACCUGGAUUCCCCUGGUCAGUGUAUGUCAUGGAAAGACCAGGUGUUCUUAAUGUUUUGUACACUCAAUGUAUGUGUGUGUUGUAGCAUAUCUGUGUGUGUUUGUGUUUGUGUGUGUAUGUCUGGGAGGAUGGAUUGUGCUCUGUAUCACAUUACUAUGUAGAUGCUUUAUCUGCUGCUUCAUGUCUCAUGAAUAAUGCAGUGUGUGUUGCAGUCUGGAAAUAGCAUGUUGGAGAAGAUGUCAUAAACAUACUGGGUGGCAUGGGCCAGCUAAUCUCCCCACUGGAGCACCAAGACUCCCUUAGUCAGCACAGAGGAGAACCCAGAUGCAUUGAGCAGACACCACCAGCAUGGUAAACCCAAAUGGGGAAGCCCAGUGAUGGUGGAAACUGUGAGGAAUUAGAUCCAAGAUGGAGGUCGGAUGGAUGGAGGUUCCUGCCCUGGAUAUUUCAGACACAACAUACUCUCCCACUCAGCCAGGAGUUCUUCACAUCACAACAGCAACCAGAAAAUCUCAUUAGAGAGGAGAGACUGACUGCUUCCCAAAUGGCGACCUAUUCCCUAUGUAGUGCUUAGGGAAUAGGGGGACACAGACAUAGUCUCAAACAAGAGGAGAACCCAGAUGCACUGAGCAGACACUACCAGCAUGGUGGUGGUGGAAACUGGGAGAAAUUAGAUGGAGGAUGGAUGUAUGGACCUUCCAGCCCUGGAUACCCCAACCAGACACAACAGUUUCCCUCCAGUAACCCUUCCUCCUUGCUGCUCCAUGUUUCACCCCCUGUCUCUCUAAAGAGCAGGGCUGGUAGUGGACACAGACUGUGGGUACCUCCUCCCUCCGUUGCCCCCUGUAAGGCAGGUUAACCAGGCCUACAACUGUCUUGCCUGCCUGGCUGCUUGGGUAUUGAUUGAGAAGCUCCAGAGGGGCCAGGUUGGUAAUUAUACUGUUGAUUAUAGAACUAUGGGACUCUAGAUCACUCUGGAUCACUGAGACGUGUGGCCAGUAGACAGGUUCGGGGUCCAUUCUAUUUCAACCAUUUCAAUUGAAGGAAGGUCAGAUAGAAAGGGAACGUUAGUGAUGUCUUUCCCAUCAUUUACCAUGCUAUUCAAAAUCCAUUUGUGUUGGGGAGGAAUAAAGGGUGUCUGUGUGUGCAUGCGUGCGUUUGUGCGCAAGUGCAUGUAGAUUUAAUAGAUAAUGCAACACUCCAACAAUGCAGCGUCUGGAGGAGUAAAAUCUGCUGCGAUGUGUGAUAUUACCCAUAGACUCUGUAUUACUGUGUUACUAUUGUUUGAUAGGAUGAGAAGAAGUUCGCUGCUCUGUUGUCUGAGCUGGAUUUCCUAGUCUGUCCAUGGAUCUCUCAACAGGCCAAGAGGGAUGGAGGAUUGAGGGGGUGUAAAGAAAGUAUUAUUUCAGAGUCUUUCUGAGAACCAAAUUGGCGAGAGCAAAUGUUUUCAGGCCCGCGGAACGUGAUGCACUCUGUAGUUGAACUAAGAACACGUUGAUAAAAGAGGAUCAUUUCAAGGACUGCUCAGCGAAUUAUUAAUCAAUUGUGUUGCUCCAUUACACUCCGAAGACAACAAUUAGAUUGGAAUGGAAUUAACAAAUACAUACUCAUGAGUCAUACAUGACACAUAGAAGUCAUCAGGAUGAUUUUGCCCUCUGCAUUGAAAAGUUUAAAGGACAGAGUUACAGACGGCCAGAAGGCCAGAAGGCAAGACUUCUGAGAAUAUGAUUGGACGACAGGUCCAGACAGAAAGUGUGCUAAUAUGUGUCUGUUUUACUGUGAACUGAGUGAGAGGAGGGAGAGACAGGAAGAGAGUGAGUCAGAGACUGACAGAAGAGAGAGACAGAAAGCGAGAUUGAGAUCAACAGCAAGAAAUAGUGAGAGUGUCUCUCUCAGGAGUCUAAUGAUUGUGCUGUUGAUUUCCUUAAUGAUGAGAGAAUUAAGCGGCUGAUAAUGAAGCCAGGCGUUCUUCACAUCACAACAACAACAACAACAACAACAACCAGGAGAUCUCAUUAGAGAGGAGAGACUGACUGCUUCCCAAAUGGCACCCUAUUCCCUAUGUAGUGCACUACUUUGGACAAGGGUCCAUAGGGCUCUGGUCAAAAGUAGUGGACUGCUUAGGGAACAGGGAGGACACAGACGUAGACUCUCUCUGCCUGUCUCAAUCAAGAUGGCUGCCACACCACAGAGAGCGAAGACCAGGCCCUCACUAACGAGGAGAGCUCUAAUUGUCCGUCUCAAAUGAUUUUCAGCCAGGGCAACGUACUGAUGAUUAAUCAAACAAGCCCCACUGGCAACACACUCAUUCAAUACACAUCACACUGAUGAACACACACACACACACACACACACACACACACACACACACACACACACACACACACAGGUUUUUGAGUGAAGUUUGUUUACUUGGUGAGUUAUGAUGUGUCUAGCAGUUCCUCCUCAAGCUCUUUGAGAGUGAGUCGAGGUCAUCAGAGUUUGUUUUUUAUAAUCAACCUGCUUCUGGAAGAGCCUGGGGGUAGAAUGUGUGUUUGGGGCAACUAUCCCUUUAAGAGAAUGGGGGUAACAAGUGUUUUUGGGUCAGGUCUGUAAGGAAGUUGUAUAAGGUGUGAGAGUGGUGUGUUUGGGCUAUGUGUGUCACGACUCACGAGUGUGUGUAACGAGUGUGUGUGAGGAGAUUGUGUAAUGGAUGUGAAUGAAAUAUGUGUGUGAUUGUCAGGAGUGUAUUUGGGGUGUAUGUGUUAGGUUGGUGUGUUUGUCUGUGUUAGUGUGUAUAUGGAAGUAGGAAGUGUGUUUGAAGAUUGUACUUGGGCUGAGUGUGUAAGAUGUGUGAGUUUCAAAAGUGUCUGUUACAUUUACAUUUUACAUUUUAGUCAUUUAGCAGACUCUCUUAUCCAGAGCGACUUACAGUUAGGUAGCAGUCUGUUAGCAGUGUUCUUGGUCUGCUUGUGUAAGAAGUGUGCGUUAGCAGUGUUCUUGGUCUGCUUGUGUAAGAAGUGUGCGUUAGCAGUGUUCUUGGUCUGCUUGUAUUAGAAGUGUGUGUUAGCAGUGUUCUUGGUCUGCUUGUGUAAGAAGUGUCUGGUAGCAGUGUUCUUGGUCUGCUUGUGUAAGAAGUGUGUUUUAGCAUUGUUCUUGGUCUGCUUGUGUUAGAAGUGUGUUUGGGCUGUUCUCUGAGACUUGCCUCUAAGGAAGCCCCCAGGGUUGAGGAGGAGAUGUGUGAAAUCUAGUGCCUGACUGAAAAUGACUCAAGGCUGCCUCUUAUAACCUCCUGUCAGAGUGACACACUGCAAAACAGCUCCCCAUGCAUGGCUUUUGCCUGAGAGAGACACUGGCUGGUUAUUAUUAUGCAGUAUAUCUCUAUGGGUAGUCAAAGCAAGAUGGUUCCAUGGCAUGAACAACAGCUUUGUUUUUGUUGUUGAACAACAUAAGGAGACUAAUGGGAGUUUGGAACUCAGUGGUUGGUUCACUUGGUUGUGAUGAGUGAUGAAAUAGUCCCAAAGGGCAAACCCCAAGCUAAAUCACCCUCACCUCUGUCCUUUACAAGUAUUAGAAAAUAUUCCAAAUUCUGUAUUUGACCCAGGUUUUGUGCACUAGCUCCUAGAGCUCUGUUAGAAAGCGGGAAUACAGGGAAAGAGGGGAACAAGAGGGUUGGAAGAGAACGAAGGGAAAAGAAAGGAAGAAAGAUGAACUCUCCUCUCUUUUCCCAGCCUCCUGUCCAGAGGGAGCUGUUUCUAUGUUUUAUUAGCACCCCAGCAUUAUUUAUAAAAGGGUUGUGGGAAAACAUGGAAACAACAUUAGUGGAGGAGGAGAGAGAGCUGAAAAUAGGCUGGAAACACGUAUUUUCUGGAGGCUAUGAAUACUUAAAUAGAGGUUAAAUGGUGGUCGGCAGCACGGCACUCUCCUGUUCUCUCAGAACCCAUUUCCAGACUAAUACAGGAAUGACGUCAUCGGGAUGUAUAUGUAUUUUCUUCCUCUCUAUGAUCUCUCUAUCAUGUAUCCCCCUGUCAAUGGAUGGAUUUACUGAUUUAUAUGCAGAGACUGAGUGAAUGUGUAACAGACAGGUGUAUCUACUACAAGAAAUCUGACAUUCUUUAACUCAACCUACUUUGAGACAAAAGCUAGUUAUGAAGAACCCAAUCUUUAAGAGCAGGGCUGAGUGUGUGUAGUUGUAGAGAGAGACUGGUGAGACCCAGAGAGCAGAAUGGUAAAAGGUGAGAAAGCCUCUAAACUGUGUUGGCCAUGUCUAUCUAUUUUUAACUGGCUGUCCUUUUGGAUCUGUGUGAAUAAUGCAUAGAGGGAGAGGAGGAAUAGCCACAAAGUGUUGGAGUUUAAUAGCCUUUGUGGCAGAGCAGGGCUCCACUGCGCCUCAGGGGCAACCCCUCUUUCAUCCAUCUCUCCAUCCCUCCCUCCAUCCCUGAUCUCUCCAUCCCUCCCUCCUCCACAGGCUACCUAGGGACCUGUGUGUGA